AAAAGUUUACGGUAUGGACAAAUGACAAGCCUGUGUAACUCUCUUUGCAACACUGUGAAAUCUUUUGCUUUUCUCACUUGUUAUCGUUCGUCAUCUCAAUCUCCCUGCUGUGGUGUGUUAUGUUAAGUAGCUGGUCUGCUUUCUGUCUUUGACUCUUUCCUCCUUGGAUUUCAAUUCCAAACAUGGUUAUCCAUCUAGGGGUGUCUCACUUCCCACCCCAGCCCAUUCCUUUCCUGCUUUCCAGCAGUGCUCACUCUGCUGUAGAGAGAGUAGAGACACAGGGAGACGAGACAGAGCAGGUGAUAUAGUGGAAAUUAAAGACAGAGGGGGAGCAAGAGAGAUGAAGAGGCUCACAGAAUGAAAGAAGCUACAUUCCAUAGGUUUUGUUUAUCAUGGGCUAAGUGAAUUAGAAAGUAACUAAUAUUUAGUAACUUUAUGUUGGAUAUUCGUGAACUAUUUAGCUUCACUAAGAAAAGGAAAAUUUAUGACAAAUCAAGAAAGAAAAGUCUUGUAAACAAUCCUACCGGAAACCUGAAGAAAUCUCUUUCACGUGGAGAAUAGAACAUGAGCAACAUUAGCUUUGAUACAAUAAUCUAUGGUCAUUCACUAUGUACAGAAUGGACCAACAGCACAGAGGGUGCCAUCUACCAUCUGGGAAACACCAUCCUCAUUUUGGGGUACAUGGGUGGCAGUGGAACCUUUGGAACUUUAUAUAUCUUUAGUUUCCUAGCUCCUGCUUUCCUGUGCUUGGCGUUGUGGGGCUGGCUAUCAGUGUGUGGCCUCGAUGUCUUUCUCUGGAACAUUCUGCUGAUGCUGCAGUGUCUAGCCCAGGUGUGCCACCUGAUUUUUCGGCUGAUGCGAGAUGGUCUGGCCAAUGAGGAGCUUUCUGCCCUCUACUCUGCAGUCUAUUUACCACUGGACGUACCUGUGCAGGUGUUCAAAGAGAUCACUGCGGCCUGUGAGAACAAGGUGCUUGCUCUCAAGGCCGAGGACACUUAUGCGGUAGAGGGAAAAACGCCUAUUGACCAGCUUUCCUUUCUGCUCUCUGGAAGGAUUCGUGUGUCUUUAGAAGGUCAGUUCCUUCAUUAUAUAUUCCCUCUCCAGUUCCUGGAUUCUCCAGAAUGGGAAUCCCUCAGACCAACAGAGGAGGGAAACUUCCAGGUGACGCUGACAGCAGAGACGGAUUGCCACUACAUCUCCUGGCGCCGCAGACGUCUUUAUCUCCUUCUAGCUAAAGAUCGCUACAUUGCUCGUCUGUUCUCAGUCAUGCUUGGCAAUGACAUUGCAGAUAAACUGUACUCUCUUAAUGACAAACUCUUUGCCAAGAGCGGCGUACACCUUGACAUCCGUCUGCCCAGCCUCUACCACGUUCUUGCCCCAACGCCACAAAGUAGUGACGGAGGAAGUGGCAGUUCCCCACCCAGGGGAAGCCAAGGGAAUCAGAUAGUCGUGCCAAUAGACCCAUCUCCAAGCAACCAGCAUGUAGGUGCAGCAAACUCUCAACAAGGACAGGGGAAGGAGCCACUUCUCAAAGGUCAGCCUUCCCAACGACACUCUUCCUGGGCCACGGAUCCUGAGAUGCCCUCGGGUGAGGACUCAACCAGCCUAGUCCUCGAGGACUUUGCUGAUAUGAUAGGCUCUCUAGUGGACUAUGGGAGUGAAAGGGAUUAUUUGAAAUAGAAAGUAGGUUGCUGAAGCUAACACACUGGGCCACUUCUUAAGUGACAUGUAAGUACACACAAAUAGGUUAGGACUGGUAAUGUGGGGAAAAGUGUGUCUGCUGUGUUGUGCAGUGUGUUUUGAAGUGGCACUGUUGCACUCAUUUGGCAUCAAGCACUUGACUAACAUCAGAGAAUGCAGAAGAGGAAUGUGCUUUGCAGUGAAUGUGCCAUUAACAUCUAACUCUUCUAUGAGUGUAAUUGUAUGCACGAAAAUAUAAAAAAAAAAAAGACUUAUUCUGUGUUGAAAAACAGAACUAAAAUUGUGCAGUAAAUCACUGUUUCUUGGAAUGUAUCUGUGUGUUUGUGUCCACAUGGACUGAUGUGAGUGAAAGAGAAGGCUUUGGGUUCUUUCCUUGCCUCACAAAUAACACAUACAAUACAGUACACAUUUUUAAUAGAUGCGGAAAAUGCAAAUAUAAUUACUGAUUAUAUGAGAUCAUUCUGGAUAUUUGUUUGUUUAAAGGCUGGAAGGCCAUGAGCAAUCCAGUGAUCCAAAUCUGUAGACGCCGUUAAUCCACCUCUUGCUUCUUUUGAAAUUCAUGCUUGCACCAGCUGCGGGUGAUAUUGCGUUUCAUGGGGGAGGAAAGGUUAGUAUUGGAUGGCAUGCAGGACAGCUGACAGGAAGAGAUGGGCUUUACUGUCAUUGAAAUGCUGACCUUGUACACAAGGCCUGUGGAGGAAUGAGAGAUAUGGGUUGGGCUAUGAGGACAGAUAGGCUACACCACACUUUAGAGAGUGACUUGUAGUGAUUCAGAUAGAUUCAAAACAAUUACUAUCGAAGGACCUCUAUAAUGGUAUAGAUAUAUUGCUAUAUGAUUGCAAAUGACCACUUGUUGAUUUUCUUCAUAAAUUUGACAGAAGGUGAUACUCCUGGAAGGUUUCGAUAUCAAAGAGGACGUGCUCCACUGGCUCCCACGGAUACCCCAAGGCUCUAAAAAUAAUCUAAUCCAUAAACAAAGCCAAGAGUGGAACCAGAGCCUCAGCAAGUUCCCUACACGCUUCUCAUUUCCUCUGCUGUUGUAGCUUAUGUUCCUAUAGUACAGAAACUUACUGUAAAUUGGACAAAGAGGUUUGAAAGAAUUUAUCUGUGCUAGUAAUACAGUGCCGAUUCCUUCCACUGGCCUUUAUCAACAAAGCUAAAUGUAGCUUUAGCUAUUAUUGUUAAUGUUUUUGCUUUAAUGUUGUUAUUAAGCCUGUGGUAGUGAGUAUUUUUUGUAGAUCUGAUUGUAAGUAAAACUUCCUCUUCACUUUUCACUUCAUUUCCUAACGUCACAUUGCGUUUUUGCUUUGUGUGUGUGUGUUUUAAAACACAGGAUAAAAAUGAGUACAGGGAAAACAUUCAACCAGCAUUUACAAUUUUAUGUGAGUCUUUAGUUCACCAUAAGGAAUCAAUACAUUUUCAUGGGGCCAAAUCAUCCUUAAUAAAACCUCGGUGAAAAGUCAUUGCAUGCCUGAUAUUGAUUUCAGACUACAAUUUGCCUGCAGUAGAAAUUACCAAAUGUUGUCCACACAUUUGUCUGCCAAGCUACUGCCAAGCUACUGUAUAUCACAAAUGUCAAACAUAUCGGUUAAGCUUAUAAUACAUGUGACAUAUCAAUAGGAAGAAUUUACGUUGUAACAGUUACAGCAUUAUUUGAUAUUCAGAGAAAAGAAAUCUCCAGUAAUUGACCUUUGUUAAAAGACAUUAGAAUUGCUCUGAAAUAUCUGAAUAUCUGAAUAAUGUUACUGAAUAAAGCACAUGUAAAUGGUAUUUUUUUUUUACACUAUACAUGCAGAUUUGCUUUUAAUGAAACACUUCUAUAAUAAAUGCUGUUGUCUUUACA